GGUUUGAUCCAAAAGCUCCUCCGAGUGUUUCUUUAAGUGCGUGUGUAUAGUUUUCGCGCACCGGCUCAUAGGAGGGGUUGGAGAAGUGACGCUGGCAUGCGCCUUGGUGCUGCGCUGAGCGCUCACCUGCACACCGGAGAGCCGGGGGAAACUACAGCACUGAGGCGGACGAGCAAUCAGACUAAGAGGAGGGAAUUUUGCUCCAUCGCAGGAGAAGAAUUUCGAAUCGACCCAGCAGCUCUUUGUGGUUCCUCUCGCAGGCAGCAGCUCUCGGUGUCUCGCUCACCAUGAUGAGAACUGACUUCGCUCUGGUCCUGGCCGCAGCUCUGCUUCUCGGCACAUCCUGGAGGAGUAAUGGGGAGCACGUUUCCAAAAGUCCCUGUCGGCCCGGCUUCUCUCAAAGCUUCUACUCUGUGCUGAUUCCAAGGAAUGUACUUAACAGCCAGGGCGUGCUUAAAGAUAUGACGGUGUCAUUGCAAAAAGUGAAGUUUGACGACUGCGUGGGAAAUAAAGCGGUGGUUUUCCAGAGCAGUGACCCCAGCUUCAGCGUGCGGACAGACGGCUCAGUUGUUGUCCAUGGAGAGAGAACCCGCUUGGACAAUCCGGUCCAGUUUAAGCUCACUGCGAGCGGCCCACAUACACACACAGUCUGGGAGACUGUGAUCCAGCUGGCACUGACUGACCGAGCUUCAGUGCGAAAAAAUGAAAGUGAGGUCACAAACGAAGAGGGGGAGGCUGGUGAGAAGAAGGAGGUGUUCCUCGCACCACCUCCUGUCAUCACCUUCUCAGGCUCCGGGCGAAACUCCUCCAAGGGCCUACGAAGACAGAAGAGGGACUGGGUCAUCCCACCAAUCAAUGUGCCCGAAAAUUCGAGAGGACCCUUCCCUCAGAUGCUCGUCAGCAUUCGUUCAGACCAAGACCGGGACAUCUCGAUCCGAUACAGUAUUACUGGAGUGGGAGCAGAUCAGCCACCCAAUGAAGUGUUCAGUAUCGAUCCUGUGGCAGGAAAGAUGUAUGUCACCAGACCUCUCGACAGAGAACAGCGCUCCUCUUAUCAUUUACGAGCCCAUGCGUUGACAUGAAUGGGAACCAAGUUUGAGAACCCCAUCGAUCUGUACAUCUACGUCAUCGACAUGAACGACAACAGACCCGAGUUCAAGAAUCAGGUGUACAACGGCUCGGUGGAGGAAGGCUCCAAGCCAGGAACCUAUGUGAUGCAUGUGUCAGCAUUUGAUGCCGAUGACAACACCACGGCAAAUGGAAUGGUGCGCUACCGAAUCCUGUCACAGACACCCCACAGCCCCAUUCCGAACAUGUUCACUAUCAACAGCGAGACUGGUGAUAUUGUGACUGUGGCAGCAGGACUUGAUCGUGAGAAAGUCUCCCAGUACACUAUCAUUGUGCAGGCGACGGACAUGGAGGGCAACCUGAACUUUGGCCUUUCGAACACAGCGACUGCCAUCAUCACCGUCACCGACAUCAACGACAACCCUCCGAUGCUUACAUCCAGGACGGUGAGUUUUUCUGGUGAGGUCCCGGAAAACAGAGUGGAUGUGGUGGUUGCAAACCUGACAGUGAUAGAUGCUGACCAGCCUCACACCCCUAACUGGAAUGCCAUCUACAGGAUCAUUAGCGGCGACCCUUCUGGCCACUUCAUAAUCCGCACUGACCCUGUUUCCAAUGACGGCAUGGUCACCGUAGUGAAGCCUGUAGACUUUGAGAUGAACCGUGCCUUCAUGUUAACGGUGGUGGUGUCCAACCAGGCACACCUAGCCAGUGGCAUCCAGUCCUCACUCCAGUCCACAGCUGGGGUCACCAUAUCUGUUCAGGAUGUCAAUGAACCCCCUUACUUCCCCACAAACCCCAAACAUAUCCGCUUUGAAGAGGGAGUUCCUGCUGGAACCAGCCUGGCAACCUUCUCAGCGUCAGAUCCCGACCGACUGCAGAUGCAGCAGAUAAUCAGGUAUUCAAAGCUGAACGACCCAGCCGACUGGCUGUCCAUCAAUAGAACGAAUGGUCAGAUUGUCACCACGGCAACGCUUGACCGAGAGUCCACCUACGUCAAAAACAAUAUAUAUGAAGCCACAUUCCUGGCAACGGACAAUGGCUCUCCUGCAGCCAGUGGCACCGGCACGUUGCAGAUCUAUCUGAUAGAUAUUAACGACAACCCCCCAGCGCUCAUCCCCAAGGAGUCUCAGAUCUGCGAACGGAUGAACAGGAAUGUCAACGGUGUCAACAUCACCGCUGCUGACGCUGACACCGACCCCAAUGCCGGACCCUUUGUCUUUGAGCUGCCCAACGUCCCCAGCAGCGUCCGACGCAACUGGACGAUUUCUCGGAUCAGCGGGGACUUUGCCCGCUUGGGGUUGCGGUAUCAGAUAUACUUGGAGCCAGGCGUGUAUGAAGUCCCUGUAAUAGUGUCAGACUCGGGGAACCCUCCCUUGUCCAACAGGUCAGUUAUCAAACUGAAGGUGUGUCCCUGCGAUGAAAACGCCGACUGCACCACUCUUGGGGCCGUAGCCGCCGCCGGACUGGGCACUGGAGCCAUAAUCUCCAUCCUCAUCUGCAUCAUCAUACUGCUGUGCAUUGUGCUGCUGUUUGUGGUGUGGAUUAAGCGCAGGGAGAAGGAGAGGCAGACCAAGCAGCUGCUGAUUGACCCCGAAGACGAUGUCAGAGAUAACAUCCUCAAAUACGAUGAAGAGGGAGGGGGAGAAGAGGACCAGGACUACGACCUGAGCCAGCUGCAGCAGCCCGACUCCUUGGAGCACAUCAUGGCAAAGCCCCCUGGUGUCCGCAGGGUGGAUGAACGCCCCAUCAUCCCCGAGUCCCAGUAUCCCAUCAGACCCGUCGUGCCCCACCCCGGAGAUAUCGGCGAUUUCAUCCACGAGGGCCUGAGAGCAGCCGAUAAUGACCCCACAGCACCCCCUUAUGAUUCUCUGCUGGUCUUUGAUUACGAGGGCAGCGGCUCCACCGCCGGAUCCGUCAGCUCCCUCAACUCCUCCAGCACGGGGGACCAGGACUAUGACUACCUCAAUGACUGGGGCCCUCGCUUCAAGAAGCUGGCAGACAUGUACGGAGGAGGAAAUGAUGAUUAAACCUGUGACACGUGCACGCACGCCCUCGUCCCGUCAGCUGGCCUGCCAUGCUCUGUCCCGCUAACACAUGGGGCUACUACACACACACACACUAAUCGAACACACAAAAUGACAUGUUCACACUGACAAACUGACCGACCAACCAAUCAAAUUAGCCACCACGGAGGAGCCGUGCCGUGAGUCAGUUUCGGAUGCUCUUCUCAACCGUCUCCUGCUCUAAGACUGAAACGGAAGCUCUGAGUUGUGGGCUUCUCACACUUUGUACUCUUAAACUUGUGUUUUUAUUUCACUUGAGGUUUUAUGCUCGGUCCAGUCUUUAGUUUCUUGUGUCGAAUCUUGUUUUCUGUUAUUUUGUGGAGUUGUUUUUUUGUUGGUUUGUUUGUCCUUACUCCCCCUCGACUCAAGCCGUUCCCUGUUCCUAAGGGUUUUCACUUUUCCCUCGCUGUCAGCCCCCGCCUGCCUCUCUGCAGAAGCUUUAUGUUCAGCUGCUUGCUUUAUCUGAGGAGAACAAAAGAGAGGGAAGAAAAGAACAAGAACACAGAUAUGAAAGCCCCUCUUGCACGGAGGGCCCUGGUUUAUUCUUUCUUGAACUUGAAUUACUUAGAACAGAAGCACUGUUGUUUAAAAAGUGCCUUCAGUGGUGCGUAUUUUAGCAGACUCUGGCUAACUCAGGAUUGGUUGCCAUUUCUCUGGGCUCGCACGCCCUCUUAUGACCCCUGACCCUUUAACUCAGACCCUCCCCUGUCAUUUCUAACAUCCUGCAGGGUCGCGGUAGCUGCGGGAACUAUCAGUGGAGCACCGACUGCUUUACGAGGGCGCGUUAUGUAGACGUACUGUACAUAGUCCUACGGCGUGUCUGUAAGUUACGGACAAAUCAUCCACUUUUCACGUCGGGCAUAUUGGCGCUCUGAGACAACAGCCAACUUGAAUGUGAUUGUUGAAAUCACAAAAGUGCAUCGUGGCGUUGUCUUAGAGAAAACACGCAUUGUGUGUCUUGCCAGCUGUGUUUGUUUUGUGCUUGAAAAACCACUUGCACUUCUUACUCAGUUUUGAACAAAUUGUGUUAUUUCUGUAUUACAAAGAAGAUGAAGGUUAUUUAAGGAGGCAUAUUGCAUUAAAGGCAUUUUAGGUUUUGCAUGUUUAUUGAUGAAACAAAAUAGAAUUAACGUCAGCUGUUAUUGUGUGAAGCACGGGCACAGUUCCAAAUAACCAUAUGGAUUCUUACAUUGGAGAAUAGUCAGGACAUGGCCAAAUUUCCUAGUAACUUUGUGAAUAUUCCCCAUAAAACUUUUCUUCUUUCUGCCCCCAUAAAAUAUUAAAGAUAAUGUCUCACCUUUUCUAAAGAGCAGGUUGCAUUUCCAGAAGAAUUCCACAUUUCCUCUAUUUUAAGCAUCAGGUUCUAUUAUUAUCAGUAUGAAAAGGUGAAACCUUCCAGAAGUUGACCCAACCAUACUGGAAACUGGAAGUGUGGAAAGAUGUUGCAGAAAUGUGGAAAUAUUGCUCAGUUUUUUUUAAACUUUUAAUGCAGUUCUGAAAAAUUAAACCUUAACGCCAGCCCUAAACCAUUUAAGAGAAAGUAGUUGCAAGGUUGCUAGGCAACUGAGAUAUCAUUUUAGAACCUUUUUCUGAAGCCAGCACCCUCUCAGAGGUGGUGGUCAGUUUCUGGAGCACAAAACUUUCCAGGUUUGUCCAUCUUCUCACUUAGCGUUACCGCCAUCUCCUUCGUUUUAAUUUGCGGCAGUGUAGUUGCCUUUAUGGCGUGUCAUUGCUUCUCAUUGUUCCUAAAGUUUAACAGCUCACUCUCUAUGCAGAAGUCAAGACUUAAUUGCCUUGAUCAUAUGCUGCGGUAACAAGCAUGGCCCAAAGGUGGCAGCACGGCAAAAUUAAGUAGCUUUACCAAAUGCCAUGAUUUAAAAGAAGACAGUUGUCAUUUUUCUUUUAAGGCUGCCUGCCUGAAAUGUUUUCCAAGAAAGUCAUUACAUUUUUCAGUGUUUUGUGUUUUUGAAAGGUAAAAUUAUGAGAACUUUUCUUCUUUUAUAGAAAACAAAAUUUGGUGAAAAUAUGUGGUUCCCUGUUCUACUAGACAGAAAGACAUCCAUUAUACAAUUUGUACAAACAUUUAGUUUUUUUUUGUGGUCACCCAGAAUGCAGUGUGAUAUUUACUAUGAUGCAUGUGAUCUGCAUAUUAUAUCUGUUUCACAGAUUUUGUGAAUCCUAACAAUUCUGUAAAGUGACCUGGACCAUAUCAGAAUUGCGCUACUGCACAAAACUGUGGUCUGGAAGCUGAAGUAUUGUUCAAAUUUUCAAACAUUUUAUGUACUUUACAAACACAACACACUAACCCAGACCCUGAAGCCAAAUUUAUGCUACUCCAUAUCCGCAAUUCAGUAGCCACAAAGAGCCCUCUGUGUUAUUGCGAACCCCCUCCAAGCCCUUCUCCAUAACCAUCUCUCCAUAAAAAUUGUAACAAAAUGUCGAGAAGACAGAGACCGCACGGAGACCUCACAAGCUGCGAUUGGCCUGCGAACUACAUCAUUUCUAGAAUCUCACUUUUACGGUUGCACAAUCCACAACUUUCAUGCCCUAGUAGGCCAGUCUUCACUAAAAAUGUUGCACCCUCUACUGUUCUGGUGAGGAAUUGCAUUGCAACUCCCACCAACCCCGACUGAGAACUUUGACAGGUUCAUGACUACGUCAAAGCAAUUGCAUAACCACAGAGUUGAGGGGUAAUGGCAGCAUAAAAGGGCUUUAACCCUCAACAAUUUAAGAUAAAAUACUUUGCAAAGUUUCUGGGCAGCUGAGACAGUUUUUGAACCUCAAUCCAACACCCGAAUCUCUUCCACAAAUGACGAUCACAUUUGGGUGUAAAAAAAUAAUUCCCACUUUGCCUAUAUCAGAAUUUUGCUACUGCACAAGACCUCCAGGAGUGCACAAAACCAUGAUCUUGAUCCAGAAGUAUUGCUCAAACUUUUUUCAAAACUUUUGUUGUAUUUCAUAAUGAUGAAAACCUAAGCCUAAACCCUUUAAGUAAUUUGUAGGGUUGCCAGGCAGCUGAAAUAUCAGGACGAGAGCCUCACUCUGAAACUGGAAACGUGCAAUGCCAAUACUUGUCCUGGAAGUACAGUAUCAUGUUGCAUUAUGGGUAAUGGAAAAACACCAAAUAGGAGAGACAAGGAAAUGCAAAAUGACAUCAAAUUCAUUGUUCUUCGACAAAGUUUUAAUAUACAAAAGUCCAGUACUGCUUCCCGUCGCUAUGAGCGGUGGAACUGAGCCCCUGCCAGGGAUUUAGCGCCGUCACAAUCUGUCCCUCUUCAGGCAGCAUUUCAUUCAUCUCAAAUUUUUUUCUCCUGCAAAUUUUUGGCUGCAAGUUCAAGAGGUUUUGCAAAGGAGCAAGAGGAAGCGGAAAGAAAAGUCUGUUAUGAAGUUCUGCACUUCAUCAAAGCAGACUUAAAACUAAAGCUGCAGAAAUGACACUUUAAAAGAGAGAGUUUUGUUGUCACUUAAUGAAAAAAACAGCCCGGCCCACACGCUUUUGUAAGAAUAUUUCAGGACCCUGAAGUGCAAAUGUUGAACUAAAAAAAAAAGCCAUUUUAAAGUUGGUUAAAUAUGCAAAUCACUUCACACGGGGAGUACGGAGAUGUGCUGAUUGAUUAUCCUCGCUGUGCUUGUUCAUACGCUUAUCAGUGUUUGUGAAAAUCAGCUCGUUAGUGAUUGUCCAGAUCCUCUGUUAAUUAGGAAUAUGACGACGACUUGAAGGAACUCUGUAACGACAGCAUUCUUCAAAAAGGCGUGAUGAGAAGGAUCCUCCGGUGCUCCGGCUGCCGCUGCUCGUCGUCUGUUGUUAACCCGGUACGAGCCACCUGCUCACCGUCUGUUCCACUCGCUGUAGAUAAAAGAAAUAUUGAACGUAACCCCCCCCAGUUUAUCAUUUUUACGAAUGGUAAUAAAA